GGGCGGGGGCACGUCACAAGCGGGGGCGAAGGGACCCAGCGGGACACCUGCCGCCCGGCGGGGUUGGCACCGAUGUGAGCUGGACGCCUGCCCCGAAGCAAUCUGGACCGAACGUCCCCGGAGAGUCGCCGGCCGUACCAGAUUUGUUCUCAAGCAGAGGAAGAUGGACAGGAAGUGACGGGAACUUCCAGUGAUGACCCAGUCACUGCCCCACAGGACAGAAAGUAGAAUGCUAUGCUCUCAGGAAAAUCAGUCAUCAUUUUCAUAAACAUUUGCAGUCACCACUCAUCUCUGCUGCAGUCAUCCUGUGACACGUCCUCAUUGUUGUUAAGCAGCAAAGUUGCUGCUCUGUCGGGACAUCAGCCAGCCCAGGUUGAAGAUUCAGCAGUAAAAAAGCCAGUCUGAAGCCAGCUCACCAACUUUCAGAGGUACCUACCUGUUCAUCCCAGUAAUAUUCUGCCACCUCAGCUUAUACCUGCCACCACAACAUAGGUCCUGAGCAGCCGAUUCCUGCCCACCAGCCUCCGUUGGAGCUGAUUAUAAUUUAAGGACCAAUUUCAAACUGGCAGAGGGAGGACCACUUUAAGUUGUUCUGACAUACACUGGAAGCUGGCAACUUGAAGUGAACUCCACAACUACAGUGACAAGCUCAGGAAAAUGCAAAUAUAGUGCACUCCGUGGAAGAAGGAGAAAAGAAGUCAACUUCAAGCAGAUUGACUUGAAUCGAGAUCUCCUUUGAGAAGCAAUGAGCAAUGCAAAGAGCUGGCUGGGACUUGGCAUGUCCUUGUACUUCUGGGGACUGAUGGACCUUACGACCGCCGUUCUCUCGGGCACACCAACACCACCAGGCAAAUUAGAAGCACUCCUGUCAGACAAGCCACAGUCACACUCGCGGACAAAGAGGAGCUGGGUUUGGAACCAGUUUUUUGUUCUGGAAGAGUAUACUGGAACUGACCCUUUGUAUGUCGGCAAGCUUCAUUCAGACAUGGACAGGGGAGAUGGAUCCAUCAAAUACAUCCUCUCAGGAGAAGGUGCAGGUGUCGUGUUUACCAUUGACGACACCACGGGAGACAUCCAUGCCAUUCAGAGGCUUGAUCGAGAGGAAAGGGCCCAGUACACUUUAAGGGCUCAAGCCCUAGACAGGCGGACCGGCAGACCAAUGGAGCCAGAGUCAGAGUUCAUCAUCAAAAUCCAAGACAUCAAUGACAAUGAGCCCAAGUUCCUGGAUGGACCUUAUGUCGCCACUGUGCCAGAAAUGUCACCAGUGGGGACCUCUGUCAUCCAGGUGACAGCCACAGAUGCUGAUGAUCCGACCUACGGCAACAGUGCCCGGGUAGUAUACAGCAUUCUCCAGGGACAGCCAUAUUUUUCUGUGGACUCCAAAACAGGUGUAAUUAGGACAGCACUCAUGAACAUGGACCGAGAAGCCAAAGAAUACUAUGAAGUGAUUAUCCAAGCCAAGGACAUGGGAGGGCAGCUUGGAGGAUUAGCUGGGACCACAACAGUCAACAUCACCCUCUUGGAUGUCAAUGAUAACCCACCCCGCUUUCCCCAGAAACAUUAUCAGAUGAGUGUGCUGGAAUCAGCUCCAGUUAGCUCCACUGUGGGCAGAGUGUUUGCCAAGGACUUGGACGAAGGAAUCAAUGCAGAGAUGAAAUACACCAUUGUGGAUGGAGAUGGUGCAGAUGCCUUUGACAUUAACACAGAUCCCAAUUUCCAAGUUGGCAUCAUAACUGUGAAGAAGCCCCUGAGUUUUGAAAGCAAGAAAAGUUACACCUUAAAAGUGGAAGGAGCCAAUCCUCACCUAGAGAUGCGUUUUCUGAACCUAGGCCCAUUUCAGGACACAACAACAGUGCACAUCAGUGUGGAAGAUGUGGAUGAGCCCCCCAUAUUUGAGCCGGGCUUUUAUUUUGUGGAGGUUCCUGAGGAUGUGGCGAUUGGAACAACCAUACAGAUCAUUUCUGCCAAGGACCCAGAUGUGACCAACAACUCAAUCAGAUAUUCCAUUGACAGAAGCAGUGACCCUGGAAGAUUCUUCUAUGUUGACAUUACAACAGGUGCCCUAAUGACUGCAAGACCCCUUGAUCGGGAGGAGUUUUCUUGGCAUAAUAUCACUGUCCUUGCUAUGGAAAUGAACAAUCCUUCCCAGGUUGGAAGUGUUUCCGUCACAAUCAAAGUCUUAGAUGUGAAUGACAAUGCUCCAGAAUUCCCCAGAUUCUAUGAAGCUUUUGUGUGUGAAAAUGCCAAAGCAGGGCAGCUGAUCCAGACAGUGAGUGCAGUGGACCAAGAUGACCCACACAGUGGUCAGCACUUCUACUACAGCUUGGCUCCGGACGCUGCUAACAACCCCAACUUCACCGUUAGGGACAACCAAGAUAACACUGCCCGGAUUCUCACCAGGAGGUCUGGCUUCCGGCAGCAGGAGCAGAGCGUCUUUUACCUGCCCAUCCUGAUAGCAGACAGCGGGCAGCCGGCGCUGAGCAGCACGGGCACGCUGACCAUCCAGGUGUGCAGCUGUGACGACUUCGGCCACGUCCUGUCCUGCAGCCCCGAGGCCUACAUGCUCCCCGUCAGUUUGAGCCGGGGCGCUCUCAUCGCCAUCCUGGCCUGCAUCUUUGUCCUCUUAGUGCUAGUGCUGCUCAUUCUGUCCAUGAGGCGGCACCGGAAACAGCCGUACAUCAUCGACGACGAGGAGAACAUCCACGAGAACAUCGUCCGCUACGAUGACGAGGGCGGCGGAGAGGAGGACACCGAGGCCUUUGACAUCGCGGCCAUGUGGAACCCCCGGGAGGCGCAGGGGGGAGGCGCCCCCAAGACGCGGCAGGACAUGCUGCCCGAGAUCGAGAGCCUCUCCCGCUACGUGCCUCAGACGUGCGCCGUGAACAGCACGGUCCACAGCUACGUGCUGGCCAAGCUCUACGAGGCCGACAUGGACGUGUGGGCCCCGCCCUUCGACUCCCUCCAGACGUACAUGUUCGAGGGGGACGGCUCCGUGGCCGGGUCGCUGAGCUCCCUGCAGUCGGCCACGUCGGACUCGGAGCAGAGCUUCGACUUCUUGACGGACUGGGGGCCCCGCUUCCGGAAGCUGGCGGAGCUCUACGGGGCGUCGGAGGGGCCGGCGCCCCUGUGGUGACGGAAGCCUGGAGGCAGGCGCGCGUCCAAACGCAGACGUUCUCGGCGGACGCUCGCCAGGCUCGCGGUCGGUGCGGCCAACCGCAUGAGCACUACUGUGCUGGAGAGCGAGAAGGGGGUGAGCGGCGAGGAGAGCUCUCUCUGGAUCAGCUUUACUUGGUUCCAUUAAGUUCGGUAAUCGAAAGGAAACGCAGGAAGAGGGGGGCAGACACUCCAAUCACCUUUCUUUCCUUUUGUCUUUUUUAAUUUCUGUGACUCUGCAUUCAAGGGCUUGGAGUCCAAGGUGAAGUUACGGCGAGCUUGGCUUUUCUCUCCCAUUCGUCAAGGCCUUUGUCACUUUGUCACUUGGCCACCCCUGAAGAGUUUCUGGCCUUACACACACGGGUGGCAACUGAAGGGAAGUUUGACUCUCGCAUCCUUUUUCUUUUUACCUCCCUUUUUUUUUUUUCUCCAUUUAAGUGUUUUGCUGGCUCAUCAAACCGCACAACCAACCCACACAAAAGAACACUGAAAAAUUGUUACUCUGUGAAAUUAACCUACUUGUCCUGGGAUGGAUGGAAUUUCUUUUAACCCUUUUGAGACAAGGUUAAGGCGAAUCGGCCUUGCAUGACUGGGGGGUGGGGGUGGGAGAAGGAAGAGGCAUUGACUUUGUGCUCAAGUUUAAUGGCUGAACCAAGAGUUGUUGGCAUUACAACGAAUCCAACUCCAUCAAGUUAGAGUGCUCUGUUCUCUUGGCUCUUUAACUGUGCCCCUGCAAAAUUGUUCAGAACGAAACCAGAAAAUCUGCCUCUUUUGCACUGUAGAUGUCUCUUCCAUGUGCCAAAUGUGAAGAUUAGAUGCUACAAACGAAAGCCAAAUAAAAAGAAGUAUCUGAUAAAAGCAUGGGUUAGAGGGCUUUCCUAAUCUGUGUGAGGUCAAUCCAAGGGAUGUUUACAUACUGUAGAUAACCUACUUGAACAAAAAUCGGUAUUAUAGAGAAUAAAUGGAUGUAAGAAAAUUA